AUGAAUAAAAGGAUUCGACAAAAGGGAGUACGAAUUUUGGGGUCGCAGCUGGAUAGUAAGAUCUCUGUGAAGAACCGCAAGAUAGCAAGCAUUAAUGGUAGUUCAAGAAAUCAAGGCGCGGAUGAUACCGAACUUGGAAAUUGGUAUGAUAAGUAUCGGCCCAGGCGCCUGGAUGAGGUAGCCAUACAUCGGAAUAAGCUGGAGGGGGUGCGCAAGGCCCUCGAGGCGAUGUUGUCCGGUACAUCGCAGACACGCAUACUACUUCUGACCGGGCCAGCUGGAUGUUCCAAGAGCACAGUUGUGAAACUGCUCUCCGCAGAGCUGGUUCUGCAGUAUCGAUCUGCGGCUCGCGAGGACAUGCAUCUCCCUGCCAGGGCGAAUACCUACGUAGAGUACAGCAAUGACACUGACGCGCCGCCACUGGAGCAAUUCGACGAGUUUCUCCAGCAGGCGAAGUACAGAAUAGGGCCCAAUCUUGCUGUAGCUCUGGUUGAAGAACUGCCCAAUGUUUUUCACGAGGAGACGAGGCACCGAUUUAACAUGUCUUUGCUUCAGUGGCUCUCUAUGGAGCGCGAGCUACCGCCGUUGGUAAUAUGCCUCACAGAGUGCGAGAUAAAUGAAUCCAAUCGCCGUUUUGGUAUAGACACGAUGUUUGUCGCCGAGACUCUGCUGACGAAGGAGGUUUUGACGCACCAUCUUCUUUCACGGAUAAAGUUCAAUGCUAUCAAUGCCACGCUCCUCACCAAACGGCUGCGUUAUAUCGCUGCCCGUGAGACCCAAUUUCUACCGCAUUCGAAACGAGCGCUUGUCGGAUCCUACAUCAAGGAACUGGCGGGAAGAUCAGGCGAUAUCAGAUCCGCCAUAGCUGCAUUACAGUUUUGGUGCCAUAGCGCGGGUAGCAGCGGCCUGGCACUGGGCCGUGAGUCGUCCCUAAACUAUUUCCACGCGAUAGGGAAGGUGAUAUACGGCUCCAAGGAUACUACUGAUGAUGAGACGAUUACAGCACUUACGAGUACAGGUCAUCCUGGUAGCGAAACAUUCAAGUUGGGAAUAUUGGAAAACUAUGCGAAGUUCGCAAAAGGAAACUUCCCAGUAGAUACUGCUGCCACUGUCGUGGAAGCACUAAGCACUUGCGAUCUGCUUCACCAUAGAGGUGAGUGCUUGGAAGGUUAUUCGGAGUUUGCGCUGCGGAGCGUCCGGUAUAGCCUUCUUAAGCUGAAGAAUGAUCGCGACCAGCAUGGGGCCGCUGCAUUUCCGAGAGAAUGGGCAGUUAAGGGUCACCAGGCGCGCUUUAAGUUGCAAGCAGAAGAUUUUGGAUUGGUAGAAUACCAUAAGUAUGGCCAAGUACGAAGGUUUCGUGAUAUUGUCCUAUACUACGGAUACUAUACCCCAGCUAUACGAAGUUUGAGGAGCUUCAACGGUAAGAGUUUGCGUUCCUAUAUUAAAUAUUUGCAUGACCAGAAGGAGAUAGAUAAGUUGCUUGCGAUGAAUAAAGAAUCUCUGUCUAUUGACCCAAGCAUCGACUUCCUUGAGCGACUGGGCGGGGAUCUUGGCCACGUUUCCCUGGAUUCUAGUUUGCCACCCGAACCAUCUGCUUAUUCUAGUAGGAAGAAUAUAUACAUGCGGGCUAAGCAACUUAUUACAAGGAGGGAAGAAUCUUGUCCAGAUGUCUUUCAGCUGGAUAAUGAAGAGGCGUCGCCAGAAGGUCAAGAAUUUGUCCGCGAUCCAAUAGAAGAGUCAGGCGAGGAAGAUUUUACCCUUGACGAUGAUUCGAUAUAUGAGAUAUUUUCCCAGAAACGUCCUGUUCCUGAGCAAACCGAAGGUAUUUUGCAUGAUGAGUCUCUUUCUGACUCAGACCUGGAGGACUUAUAG